GUACAUUAAAGCAUCAAUACUAUAUAGCAUAGUAGAAGUGCUCUAUUUAGUAUGCUUAAAAGAAAAACGUAUACUAGGAUCUCUCUAAUGUGUAAGUGUUUUAUGAUUUGUUUAGUUGGCUGGAAGCAUUAUUCUACUGGAAAUGAGAAAACGAAUAGCUCUUGCAUUAGAAAACGAAUAGCUCUUGCAUUGGAUGUCGUUUCACACUCUUUGCAAAUGGUUAGAACGGCCGAUACUUUGGAAUUUUUUUUUACAAAAGAUAAUCAUAUAUUGAUCGAACAAAUAGAUAGUUAAAAUCUGGAAUUCAACCAGGCCUGAAAAUCAAAUGAACGACUCCUAGUUGGGUACAGAGAAAGGGCCUUCCUAGCUACUAAAUGAGCUACCCUAUUGUUUCGCCGACCUACAAAUCGUACACUGAAGCCCAUAUUCAUGUCAAAGGACUGGACGACUUCUUCAAGAAUCGACCCCACUACGUUAUCCCUUGUAUCCCUCCUGAGGAUCUUCUCUAUGAUUACCUGGGCAUCACCUUCAAACCUAACUACAGAGAAGCCAUUACCCACGCACCACGCGAUAGCCUCCCGGAGAACAAGCAACUCAACCAUCAUGGGGUCGUCCACCUCCAGGAAUUGGACUCCCUUCACCUAAAGAACCUCACUAGCUAGAGUCAUGAGGGCCAUCCCACCUGCCGAAUGAGACCCACUCCUUACCGCCCCAUCCCACAUACAAAUCACAAAAUCCAACCUUGUUAGGUCCGAGGGAGGAGAAGGGGAGUGAGGAACAGGAAGGACCCUGUCUAUCGGUAGAUUAACCCAUUUAUGAACCUAUUGGUUGAACUGUCACAUUAAAGCGGGAAUCCCAAAUUGCUUGCCGUCAAAGACAACCCAGUUUCGAGAGUGCCAGAUCCGCCAAAAGACGGCAACAACCGACAUGAACAAAAUUGGUUGAUGAACCAAAGCCAAUAAUUUCUUCAGAAAUAGAGGGAAGCUAUGACGAGGCAACCCUUCGCCAAGGUGAGCUAGCACAGAAUGAUCCCAAAGGGCACGAGCAACCGGACAGUCUAGAAACAGAUGUUCCAGAGUCUUCAAAGUUGCCCAACAUACUGGGCACCUAGGUAGCACUGCAACCUUCUUCUCAAUCAGGGCCUCCGUGGUAGGUAUAAUUUUAUGGAAGAUCUGCCAGACGAACACCUUCAUUUUUGGGGGAAUAUUGACAUCCCAUAAUCGGAUCCAGCUAGCUAUAUCCAUCCAGCUAACCUGAGCUCUCCAUCUUCCUUUUUGUCGAUCUAAAUUUACCGCCAAAUGGUAGGCCGAUUUAACCGUAAAAACCCCAUCAGAAGUUCCAUGCCAAAUUAGUUUAUCCUCAAUAUUCAGGCGAGGCAAGAGGAUGGCCUGAAUGUGUCGACAUGUCAGAGGAUGGAACCACAGGCUAAGCUUAACAUCGCACCACUUCCCUCCCCCUUGCUGAAUAGCCUCUGCUAUCUUCAAAACCUCCCCCUCUGGGAUCACACAUGGGUUAUACAUAGGGGGAGGGGAUGUUGAUGAGGUAUCCAGCUAGAGGAGAGUAAAUGGGCCUUCUGGCCAUUGCCAAUCUGCCACCGAAGACCUGUUUCCAACAAUUAGCGACCAAAGAGGAUACUUUGCCAUCCCCAGGACGGACGUGAGCGAGCUGUCGCCGUAAGAAAAGACCCAUUGGGGAAAUAUUUCCCUUUAUACACCUGAGCAAUGAGGGAAUUAGCUUCAUUGAGGAUACGCCGGCCAAUUUUAGCUAGCAAUGCCUGAUUGAUAGAUUGCAGACACUCCUGAAUCCAUCCUCGCCAGACAGAGCUAAAACAAAACCGCAAGAAGGAAAGACCAUUCGACUCUAUCAUAGGCUUUUUCCAUGUCAACCUUCAGAGCCAUGUAACCCUUCUUACCACGAGUUUUGAUUUUCAAUAAUGCAUUAGCUAGCCUUUCUGAGAUGAUCUGCGGAAGAAGACUAGCUAGCCUUUCUGUCAUAAUUUUGGUGAACACCUUAUACACAAGUUGGCAUAGGCUGAUAGGACGAAGCUGACGUAUCGAUUCUACCUGGUCCACUUUGGGAAUUAAUGUCACCCAGGUAUGAUUGAAGCUCCGAAGCAGCCUGCUUAUUUCAAAAAAACGAUCUGACAGCCUCGAUAACGGAAUCACCCACGAUCCCCCAGAAGGCCUUGAAAAAUUUACCCGUGAAUUCAUCCGAUCCAGGGGCCUGCUUUGAGCCCAUAGAGAAAACAGUGUGUCUAAUUUUCCUUGGGAGAACCUCCGCAGUCAGAUUAGCAUUCAUUUCUGGGGUAACACAGUGAUCUAUGGGCAAUUCACCCACUCUCUCAUUCAUGUUUGUCACCUGGCUUUCCGAGGUGAAGAGGGUACGAUAGAAGUUUGUGGAAAUAUCCGCCUUCCCAGAUUCCUCUGUAGCCCAUUCCCCUUCCUCAUUAUACAGACCAUCAACAAAAUUUUGCUUACGUCGGGGCCCUCGUGACGGUGUGAAAGUAGGACGAAUUUUUAUCUCCUUUCUUCAGUUGUGAGAUUUAGAUGAAGGUAUUUUAUAAUACUAUAUCUUUGAAUACUUUUUCUUUACAAAAUUUUAUUUCAGUUAUAUGUUUGUGCCUCACUAAUUGAUAUUUUCCCUAUUUAGCAUAAUAUAUAUAUUUCUUUUUUGCUAAAUUAAAGAGAGCAUGGACCACUGAUGUUACAACUUCUAGCAUAAGACGCCGACUUAUAUUCUCAACGUGUUGGCUAAAUCAAAUGUUGAGCUUUGAUAGGUAACUAAACUUGUUGAGCUUUGAUAGGUAUCACUACAAGAAAAUUGGCCUAUAGCAACAAAAUUUUGGAGGCAAAUGUGGUAUCAGCCUCUAAAUACAUAUUUAUGCAACAAAUAUGGGAUGCGCCUCUAUAAAUAUUAUUAUGUGCCUCUAAAAGUACCUCAUACAACACAUACUAAUAGCAUCUAUAAUUAUAAUCAUUUGCCUCUAAUAAUAUUAUCCUUUUAGAUAUUGAAAUUUAGUUUUAUUGAAUUCCAAGCUUUAGAGGCAUAUUUAUAAUGAUUGCCAUCUAAGUUUUUGUUGAUCGACUUUUAGAGGCAAAUAUUUAUUUGUUCUUUCUUCCUCAUCAAUAUCAUCACGCAGCAACUAAUAAUUAUUUUUCAAAUCCAAAGUCUUAGAGGCCAAAUUAUAAAAUUUCCGUUAUCUUUUUAUAUGGGUUAUAGGUAUAUUUUAUCCUUCCACUUGGAAGUUCUCAAAUAUAUCCAUUUACAAUGUUUCACAUCAAUUUUGCCCUUCUACUAUAGUAAGGUUAUCAAAAAUACCAUUCCGUCCAUUUUUCUGUUAUUUUUUUAUUAUUAUUUCCGAGUGAUAUCAAAAGAAGACAAGAGUUAUACAAACAAAACUGCACAGGACCCCUCAUAAUCGAAAAUCUAAUGAAAUCAUCCCAAAAAGUAGAAAGACUCUAGCUCUAGAUGAGAAAAAAGUUGUGCUUUACGCGCCGGCAACACUGUUGGAAGCUCUAGGAACCGUCCUAAAUUCUAUCAAAAUGAUAAAGAGUUUAGGAUCUGACGACACUCCCGGAGCAUCGGACCACCAAUCGAGUCUUCUAAGACACAUUGCUGGACUUGAUUGACGACCACUUCAGAAUCACCUUCCACUAUCACGUGAGUCAGUGACCUUGAGGCGACGACGGAGAUAGCAUCUCUAAUGGCUAGGAGCUCUGCCAGAGAUUGACUACUCCCUGAUGACAUCCAUUUUUCUGUUAUUUGACCAUUAUUUUGGUCAAAUAUGGGUGUAUCAAUUUAAUGAGAAUGUGAAAUUACUUAAAUAUCGUCUUAUAUUUGGGCUGGAAAAAAAAACUAAAAUUAGAAAUGUACUGAGGAAAAGGAAAUUGUUCCCCUUCCCUUACCACACUCUCUCUAGAAUUCCUUCCCGGCUUCCCCCAUUUUCCCUCUAUCUCAUCCCCCGAUUCCAGUACGAAUAGUCGGUCGCCAUUGUCCCUGGUAUAAAAGUCAGUCCAAUAGAGGAGAUGAUAUAUUUCCUUACAAAGUCAUUGAAAUCACUUUGCCUCCUAAGAACCUCGGUAUUCACGGUUUCCCUCCCGUAAGCCUCCUAAAAUCCAAUGAAGUUUCUGAAUGUUUUCCAUCAUUUGUUGAAUUAUGAACUCCCUAGACUAAAUUUCUCUCACUGUAACUUGGAGGGUGCUUACCAAAUCGCACAUAAAUUUGCCAAGAAAAUGAUUAUGUGAUUCAUCAUCCAUGGCUACUAAAACUCUCCAUUUUUAUGUUUUAGUGCCAUUUUCCAAGGUUCUUUACUGCCAGCUGAAUCGGACAAGGGGAAUUAUCGAUUGUUAAAGCUAAUGUCAAUUACUUAAACUGACCAAGGAAGAAGACGAUUAAAUGGGGGUCGACCAUCAAUUUUGGGUUCAAGUUGAAUAAUGAAAAUGAAGGUGUUGGGGGCAUUUAAGUAAUUUUACCCUCUCAUUAAACCGAUUCAAGCAUAUUUGACCAAAAUUAACGGUCAAUUGACAGAAAAAUGGAUUGGGAGGGUAGAUUUGAUAACCUUGUUAUUGUAAAAGGGCAAAAUUGAUGUGAAACAUUGUAAAGAUGCAUGUUUGAGAACUUUGCAAAGUAGAGGGGGGAAAUAUACCUAUAACCCUUUUUUAUAUUAAUAUUAUUUAAUUUCUAGUGACUAAUAGAAUUUGGUUUAUGUAAGGCCUUUAUUUACUCGAAAUAACUUAUUUUUUUCUACAAACCUAGAUUUGGCACAAUUAAUCUUUUGUAGAAUCGAGAGAUAGUGAGGAGGCGCUCAUUUAGGGUUUUCAUCAUUCCUCAGUGUAGAAUCUACGUCCAUGGAAUCAUCAGGUGAAUCUUAAUUGACGUUUUCCUUCAUUCGUCCAAUCCUCGACAAACGUUGUUAUCUCAGAAUUAUUCAAGAAACUACGAGUGAUUUGUUCCAGUCGCAGCGGAGUAGCAGAUACAGGACUAGGGAGCAACGCCAAGAUGAGGAAUUGCAACAACAACAAGCACUGUUGGAUAUACAUCCGACCAAAUUAAGGAGGAGGAACAUUGAUAAUAGCAAUGGCAUCGGAAUAGGUUUUGAUUUCUUGCCCCCUUUAUUCCUACUCUAUUCCGUAGUUUAAUUUGAUGUUUAGCCAGUUUAAUCUCAAGAAAAAUGCCACUAUAAAUCAUUAAGGUUUCACUUUGUUAUUUGCGUGUAAGUUUGGGUCAUGAAUAGAUUUUUGUUUUGUGAGUGUUGAGUUUUGAUUUGAGACAGAGGUGAAUCGUGGAGCUAUAUCAUGUUUGGACGACAUAAGGUUAUGAUCAUUAUGUUUGGGUUUUUCUUGCUUCUUGGAGAUGAUUGAUUGUUUAGCUUCCUCAAAAAAUCGAUUAACCUUCUUUUUAAUAUAUCUAAAAUGGAUGAUUUCAUAUAUAGAUUUUAACAUUUUGAAUGACACAAGUAUAGAUGCAUGGAGGAGUAUGAUAUGUUACAAUUACUAGCAUUUCUAUAAACUUAUCUCUCUUAGGUUUCUAUUUGAUUUUUAUUUUUGGGAUGGAGAUGCAAAAAUACUCUUUAUAUUGGGAAAUUUUGGGAACAAUUUUGUUUAUGAUGUUGCUAUAUUGUGGAUGACAAAAUAGAUACGGGAAUCGGGCGAGUGGAUGUUUUUGGAUCUUAAAGAGAGAGAAAAUUCAUCCAUAGAUCUUCAAAUGUUAUCCAGGUUUUGUAGGCCAAUCACUGUCAUCUAUUCCUUUGUGCUUUUGUCUGAUCUUCUCUUGCCUUCAAACUAAUGAUCUUGUUAUAAUUGAUUAUAUUUUUAGGACCCAACAAACUAAUUGCUUGUUUACAUUGACCAUUAGAGGGACACUGAUAAUUUUGAAUAACUGUAGUUCGACGCAAAUAUGAGGAUGACACAGAAACAAGCCUAUCUAGUGUCAAAUGGAUGAAUUAUCAAUUUUCAGCAAGUAAUGAGUUCAAGUUGCUUUCUUCAACCAUUGGGAAUAUAAAUGGGGCAACAUCAUUUUAUUUUGGUGGCUCAAUUAUUUCGCAGUUAAACGACCACUUAGUAUCCUAAGUGCGGCACCAAUAUAAGGUUUGCUGAAUGAGAACGUGAAAAGAGUCUUAAUAUACAAGAUAGAGAAGUACAAGGCCAUACCUGGAAGUUCAAAUAUACAAGUACUAGGCAAGAAGCCAGAGAAAAUCUGGCUACCAAAAGAAACAUGGAAGAAAAUCAUGGGAAAGGUCAAAACUGCCGACUUAUUCACGAGAUAGAGAACGAGGAAGGAGUAUAUCAAAUGACAGUAAUUGAGAAUGUGAUGAGUUGUUUGGUGGACAAAGAAAUUAAGCUUAAGGGACGUUUUUACAACCCCCAUUUGAAAUUUUGGAAGUAUUCUUACAUAAAAUUUGAAGAUGAUUAUGGUAUCUUGAAAGAUUUGAGAUUAAGAUUCUGGUUGACAUGAAAAGAAGAGUUGCUUUGAAGAAUCAGAGUAUGCCAACAGCUAUGAAUAGAAGAAUCUUUACAUAAUACUUGUGUUAUGAUAUGUAGCUCAUUUUAUCUUACAGCAGAGUGAUUGAGAAGGUGGUUGGAAAAUGACAUAAAAUAGUGUAAACAGUGAUUAGAAUGAGAAUUAGGGAUUUAAGAUAGUAGAAGAAGAAUGACCGACAACCUAGAGUUAGGUGACGAAAUUAAGAAGAAGAGAGAUUAGCUUUUGAUAGCUAUCUUUCUGAAUAUUUGUUUGAUUGACAAGGUAAAUUUCCUGAAGUUAUUUUGGAUCGUCAAUGUGUUGUGUUCAUCUAUGAAUUAGAUGAAUCACCCUUAGAUAUGGAAAAGAUACUGAGAGAAGAUAUUGUUAGGGUGAGCUUAAUCAUUGCUCUUGGAACCUUAAUAGGUCUUUCUUUCUUUUUGUCUUUCAGAUAAAAGGCUUGCUGAAUAGCUUUUUUAAAUGAUUUGACAUGUAAUUUUCUUUUAAAAUUAAAAAAUGAAAAUUUAAAGAAUAACCUCCUUUCGUAUUCUAGAACAUGAAAAAUUUAACAUUUUGUUUGUACAAACUAUUAUAAAUAUGUGAACCAAUACAAUUAUGUUGCAAUUUGUUAGAAAAUAACUAUUAUAAAUGUCUGAACUUAUACACUCUUAUUGCGAUGUACUAGAAAAAUAACAAAUUUUUGUGUGCUUAAUAGAUUAUUAAAAGAUAAUAGGAUGAAGUAAAAAUGAUGAUUUGCUAAGUCAAAAACAUUUUCAUAAUAACUUAUUCAUGUGACAUGUUCUUAUACUUUAAGAUUAAUGAAAUAUAUCAACAUAGUUUAGUAAUAUGCUACAAUGAUACACGACAAUUUCAUGUGUUUAAGAAUAUCAACAAUGGUCACCAAAAAAAUUAUUGGAUCUUUUUCAAAACCAAAUUAUGGUUAUAUGGCUUAAAUACGUCCGUGACCAAUUGGUAAAGAAGUUACAAGAAAAAUAAUGUACAUAUACAUAUAUGCAUUUGUCAUCUUUAAGGAUUGAACUUGACAUUUCUCGCAUAUUAAAAUGAUAUCAUUGUCUUUUAUUUUAUGUUAUUCUAAUUACUUUUUAUUUUCAUUUUUGGUACAUCAUUCAUUUUUCCCCAUAUACUAUUAGUAAACACAUUGUCUUUACUUUUUUAUGAUGUAAUUGUAAUUCUCUUGUUUUCUUUUUUUAUUGUUUGGCGUAAGUUCUUUUCUUUUUCCUUCUUGAAUGAAGAUGUGCAACCCUGAGUUAUGUUCAUAUGCAUAGCACCUAAAUUAAGAAAGAUUUCUAAACGAAUUUUAAACUAUUGGAUAUAUAUAAUGGUUGAGAUGUAAAUAACUUUUUUAAUCUUUACUUAUAUCCAUAGACGGAGCGAGGAAUUCGAGUGACGAUGGGUCAAUAAAAAUAUCAUGUGGAAGAUUAAGUUAAGUAUCAGUGUUUGAAACUAUCAUAUACCAAUUAGUCAUGUGUGCUGAAGUUCAUUGGAUUUGCCAUAAGAACUUGAAUAAUUUACUAUACUUGUUUAAUCUAUGAUAUGAUUUUACAAAAAAGUAAACUUGAUAAUAUUUGUUCAUCAACUUUGAAUAUAUGAAUGGAAAACCUAUCAUAUUAAGAUUCCUAGAAUUAUCUCUACAUUCCUAUUAAAAAGUGAUUUAAUGCAGUCAAAAGCACGCUUUUAGGUAGAAGCGCAAAAAUGUAAGGUUUAAAGCGCACUUUUGACUACAUUACAAAGGAAAAUCACAUUUCUACGUAGAAACUUUUAGUGAACUAGAAACAUAAAAACAUAAGCUUUAAAGCGCGGUCUUGGCUACAUUAGUAAGAAAAAAACGUGAUUAGACAUAUAAGCGUUUUGGUGAUAUAGAAGUAUAAGUUUUAAAAUUUUAAAGGUUAAUUUUAACUAUAUUGAAUUGAUCAUUCUAAUUAGACUUUUGUUGCAUACAAAUACUCAUAUUCUUAUAUAGUUUAAACUAAUUUAUAAGGUUAUCAAAUGAAUAAUCAUUGUGAAAAGAAAAGGAAAAUGGGGAUAUCCAGCCAAACGCAAAAAUGAUCCCAUAAAAAAACGAAAAAAGGAAAAUGGGGAAGGAAGGCCUAAAAAGUACAGAAAAAUAAAUCAAAAUUGUAUUGAUUGGGUGUCAAACCCGGCACCUAGGAAUAGAAUAGGUAUUGUGUUGUCUAUAUCAACCAAUAAGCUACAACAUAAUACAUGUAACAAAUAUUACACGUUCUAGUUUUAGAUCUUAGUAGGAGACAUGGCCUCCCUGUCAUAAGGCAGACUCCGUCCGUGUUUAUAUCAAAUGUGAAAACGUAAUACAUAUAUUAUUAUUAUUACUAUUUUUAGUAACCAUUUAUACUCGCCAGAUAACCCGACUCAUAAGAUAAUGAUCUAAUUCUUCGUUAAAUCCAUUUACGUAAGAAAUAACUGUGUUUAUAACCUUUACAUAAUUGGUAUUAAGUACGAUAACUAAAUAAUUAAAAGUAAAAGACACAAAAUUAUUAAAAAUCCAAGACAAAUCAAAUAGAAAAACAAAAAAUGCGAUGAUAAAGACUUACAUUAUUAAGAGAAUUGACUUACUAAGUACUUUGGUUGUUCCUGCAUCGUCCAAAAAAAAUUAUCGUUGCUAAGAGAGGAAUAAAGUAAUUUUAUGGGGCCCGACUAUGAGAAGUAAUAAAUACAAACCCAAAGAUGACCGGAUGGAUUAAAUGGAGAAAUCAAUUUGAUUAACGAUAUUGUUUUACUAUAGAAUAGCUAGUAAGUUGUGGGAUUAUCAAAAGCUGAUGUGACACAAUCUUAUAUCAAUGUAAUUAACUUAUAUUAUCGCCGCUGUGGAGAAACAUUCGGCACGGAGGACAUGUAAGUUCCACCAGUUUUCAUGUCAUUAUUACCAUUAAACUUUUUUAUAUACUUUUUAUGGUUCCACUAAACUAAAAUUAAAUAAAUGUACAGAUUAAUCUUCAUCACUAAGAUUUGAACUUGCAACCUAUGCGCCCCAAUUAUUAUCACUUCAACUGUUUAGUUGAUUGGGUAAAUUCUAUUUGAUGAUAUUAGUCACAACAAAAUAGUACUCAUGUCAUCAAAAUGGUUUAAAUCUAACCUCUGUCUUUGAUUUUAUUUUAUAUAAAUUGUACUAUGAAAAAUGUAAUAGAUAAGUUAUAUGUUCUAUUUUCUAUCUAUCAUAAAAAUUAUUAACCGCUAAAAAGAACUUUUUGCUUAAUUUAAUCAUUUCAAAAAUUAAAAAUUUUACAAAUAACAAAGUGAAAAGUAUACCUUUUAUGUUAAACAAAUUUUAAAUUUAAUUUAAUCUUUCAUGUCAUGUUUAUUUGAAACUGAAAAAUGAGAAAUAACAUAUUAACCUUCUUUUAUAUCUAGAAAACCAAGAAUAUAAUUAUGUUUGUACGUAUUAUUAUAAAUAUGUGAACUAAUACACUUACAUUGCAAUUUAUUAGAAAUAUAACAAAAUUUUGUGUGGUUACUACAUCAAAUAAUAUUGCAAAUUGAAAAUGAAGUUUUGCUAAGCAAAAAGACUUGAUCACAAUCACAUAUUCGUGUAACAUAUUCAUAUACCAUGGAAUUAUUUAACUAUACUAAAAUAGUUCAUCCAUGUGUCAUCAUGAUAUAUUCCGAGUUAUCUUAGUCUAUCAUAAACACGUCCGUGACAAAUUGGCAAAAGAAAGCACAUAAAAAAUCAAGGUAGUAUUUUCGUCUCUAGGAAUGGAAUCGAACAUUUCUCGCUUAUUAAAAAUGAUAUCAAUACCUUUUCCCUAAUACAAAUUCCAAUAUUCCAUUUUUUUACAUCAUUUCAUCCUUUUUGCAGGCUUUCAUCCACGAAUAUUAAAACAAAGUUUUUAAUUUUUCCUAAUGAAAUUCUUAUUUCUUUCUUUUCCUUUUUAUCAUUUGAAAUUAAUUAUUUGUUUAUUUUUCCUAGAUGCUUGAAUAUGAAAAAUCUUGGGUCAAAUUUUGAUGUAUUAUCCCAAAACUAUUCCGACAUAAAUAAUUUUUAAAAUAUUGGAUAGAUCUAAUGAUCAAGGUGUAAAUAACGUUUUAUACCUGUUUUUAUCAAUCGAAUUAUGUGUCAUUCGUUUGGGAUUCUAAAAACUUUUCUAUAACAAAAUGAAUCACUAAUUUAUAGCCAUACCUAUAUUUAUCAUCUAUACCACAAUGAUAUUAUUUACAUAACACCAAUGUAUAGUAAAACUCCACUAACGUGUUAGCUUUGUUUCUAAAUAUUUCUGAGUGGAUGUUAUUCGCUAGAGUAUAACGUUUUUUAUUUUAGGAAAUGAUUUAAAAUCCUACUUAAAUUAAUCAAAUAUAGACCGUUAAAACUUAAUGGAGACUGUGCAUUGUGCACAAAUUUACGCUUAUACAACUAAACUAAUCUUGAUAAUUUUCACAAUAAUCCAUUUUUCUUCCAAAAAUAAUGAAAAUGAAUUUGAUUA